AACCUUAACUUUAUUUGGGUAUAUAGCCAACUUUACCUUAUGAUCAGCGUCUGAGAAAUGAGUGAGCUGUUUUCCGGUUCUGAGAGUUUAAUCUUAUAAUCGAUACCGAAAGAAAAUUACUCGUACAGGCAUGAAAAAAUGUUAAUAGCCCAUUUUUUUCUCGCCCGUUUUCAGUAAACAAGACCCUGCCAUGCGAAAUUGUCCUGCAACCGAAAUAUAGGAGUUUUCGGCCGACUGCGAACAAGUUUAGUAACAUAGUACAAGUAAUUAAGAAGCGUCAUGCUACGGCCGAAGAAAACCGAAACCUAAGAAUUUUUUCACCAAACGAUUUUAAGCGGAUUGAUAUGAUCAAGAGUGCUACAGCUCUUGAUCCCUCGACCUUUCCGCACCAAAACGGAAAACUAGGUGCGAAUAGAAAAGAACUGAUAAGUGCUAAAAACAGAACUGACAGACGACUUUAAAAGCUGAAACAGUAUUCUACUGAUCCAUGUGAUCUUUGCUAUAGCUUCUCGUAACAACAUAGUGAUCAAAUUUGUUAUAUUUAUCUCUGUAUAUUAAAAUAUAACAUAUUAGAUCUCUCCGUGAGCCGCGUGUUUCGCAUUCUUUUGGUUUUGAUAGCAUGUCGCACCAUUGAUAAUGACGUCGUGUUUUUCAGUUCCUCUUCAGCUGAGUGUAACAUCGCCGUUUGUUCAAAUUGUUGACAUUUUACCGCCAAUACAUGGAGAGUGGGAAAUGAUAUUUUCAUCCAUGAUACCAUGCUUGUAUUUAAAGUCUUUGUCCUUUAGUGGAUAACGCAAACAUAACUGCACGUAGCUUAGUAGUAAAUUCCAUAUCACAAUAUGAUCACAUGCCGGGAAUCUUAUUAAAAAGAAAGAAAACAAACAGCACGGAAAGAUAAUAGACCAAAAGCCAUCAUAGAAAUAAUACUAAGAAAUCUUGGAGUGGAAUCUGUCGAGGAAUUUUGCGUUUCUGACGGAAUAAAACAACUCCUUUGAUCGUGACAUGUAGUUCAACGAUGGUUUUCUUGUUUGAAACUGUACGUGCGUGACGCUAUGUAACUACGCCCCCAAUAUGCCCCCGCAUACGCGUCAUAACAACUUCCGGUAUUUUUGUUAUCUGUGGUUAUUAUUGUACAGCGGAAUAUCCUUGCUGCGACGUCAUAUAACAUGGCGGACGAGAGAGGUUUGAAAAUAAACAAAACUCACCACCGCAAAGUGCAAAGCUUAUCGCUUAGUUCCUGCCCUGAAAAGCUUCGCAUCCAUCUACUAGAACGUAACGAUCCGGCAGUUUUUGAUGGCGCAGCAAGGCAGUGGGUAUGUUGUAACUGGACACCAGAAUUUCUGGCUCAGGAACUUCGCGAUCUUCGAACAAGUUUUCGAUUUUGUGCGAGACAGAACCCGUCUGUCAAUGGAAAUUCGUGUAAGAAAACCAUUAUGGAAACAGACUGUGAAUUUGAGAAAGCAAGCUUUGACGAGUUUUGUCAAUGGUUGAAUGGCUGCACAGAAAGAUCGGGAUGUUUGUCUCGUUUUCAAAGACAAAACUAUUGGUGCUAUGCAGAUUACAAAUAUAUGGCUGAAUUAUUCAAAGAUUUUCCUCAUUUACGCAAGUCUGUUGACUGGAGCUGCUUUGGUUUUCCUGAGAGAAGUGGUGAUGAAUCAACAAUAUGGAUUGGAAGUGCUGAAGCAUCAACUCCAUGUCAUGUUGAUACAUAUGGUUGUAAUUUAGUUGCACAGAUCUAUGGGACAAAGAGAUGGAUUCUCUUUCCACCAAGUGAAACCUCCAACUUGUAUCCAACCAGAAUUCCUUAUGAGGAAUCCAGUGUGUUUAGUCAAGUUAACAUCACCAAUCCAGAUUUAACAAGGUUUCCAGCCUUUGAAAAUGUUCUUCAAUAUGAGAUAAUUCUUAAACCUGGUGAUGUUCUGUUUGUGCCUAAGAAGUGGUGGCAUUAUGUGGAAUCAUUAGAAACAUCAAUAAGCAUCAACACUUGGAUUGAACUGGAAAGUGAUCACUUGGAGAGAGUCAAAGAGGCACUUAUCAGAACUCUGGUGUCUGCCUUAAAGAAGGAGGAGGGAGCAGCUGAAGUAACAUGGCUGAACCCAUCAGAGGAAAUUGGAACACAUGCACAAAACAUGAGUUACUUGUAUCAAGCAUUGUGUGCAAUGAAACAGAGGACAAGCUGUGAUGUCAACACAUCUUACUCGGAUGGAACACAACCUAGAUACUCUGAUCAAAAUAAAAGUGAUAUACUUUCUACGGAUGAUCUCAUAAACUGCAUGACAUCCCCUGAGGUUAUCAAUGCAAUGAUGUCUCAAGCUCUCAAAAAAUUUGGAAUUUGCCAAACAAUUAACUUGCCCUUGAAGUCUCCAAGUGUAGAACAGCAGAAAUUGAAGACCACACAGACAGUCAAAAUGGAGAGAAACUCGAAUUGCAAUUCUAGUUCUUGCAGUUAUGUACUUGAUGAAACAGUGAGAUCUGAAAAUAUUGGUUCAGGGUUUUCUCAGCCAUCCACUGAACAGGAAAUUUCAGAGCAUCCCCCACUGAAAAGAAACUGUACUGACAAGGAAAGAAAUUAGACAAGUACUUAAUGUCACACAAAGGAUGAUACCCAGCAUGAACACGCCCCCAAAUGGGGAUGAAAAUGUUGUCAUUGGGAGAAAGUACUUCCAUCCACGGGGCGAAUUCAUGGGAUGAUAACAAGCCCUGAAAAGUUAUAGCAUGAGAGGUAGAAUUUAAUCCAAGCUGACAACCAAUUUCUGUUUGCAGUUAAAUUAAAAGAAGUGAUGAAUUCAUUCUUUCCUUGAACUUCUUUGCACAAAACAGAGCAGUUACAGAGUUUUAAAAUUUCAAAAAAUUUAAUAUUUAGUUAGUAUACAGGCUCUCGUUGAUUAAUAGAUAUUUAAAUAACAGUACAUAGGCAUAGCAGUGAAGAUUUCCUCUUUUUGAUAAAUGUUUUUGUAGUAAGUAGUAGGAGAAGUUUUCAAGAUGUAAAAAGCCUAAUCUUGAUGCGCAAAGUGGUGGACGAAUUGUUGAGAGUUAUGCAAACCCUCGCCUGUAUGGGGGGUUUUCGUAUUUUUCAUUUUCAGACGAGGCCCUACGAAGGUUAGAAUUCUACUGGGGUGCGAGAGAUACUAACGUGACAAUCCAUCAAAAGAGAAUCCUGACAGUGCACGAGAUACCAACGUAACAUACCAUCAAAAGAUAAGGCCAACAGUGCGCGAAAUAUGUACAUCUUAUUAUGCCUUGACGUUCUGGUGUGUAGUAUCGCUGAGUAUUGUUGUCGGUUUAACAAGCCGACUGGUUAAACAUGUGUUAUUCAGUACAAAAUAACCAACUGUCCAAAUAACCGUGCAAUAUCGCAGGAUAUUUGUACUCUACCUAGUGCAGCUGAAUAAUAAUGACGAAGCAUUCCAUCAAAAUAAAAUCCUAUCGGUGCUCAA